AUGGAAGCUUCCAUCGAAGAACUUAAAGGCAUGGUCGCUAUGGGCUCCGGUUCAAAUGUAACAAGUGGGAUGCAGGCCAACUCAACGUCCCCUGGUUCGACAAUUACCCCGAUGUCUCAGGAUGCACGCCAUCAUCCAGGCGGGGGCACAAUCAGGGACCCCACUGAAAGUGCCGUCCUUUCGUCGGGACAUCUUUCCUCGGCAGAGUCUCUGUUGAAAUGGACAGUCUUUCGUGAUCAUCCUUCAAUAUUGGAGGAAGCAGAGUCUUCAUUUUUGUCGCUCGAAUAUGGACGACCAUCAUUUCAAAGCAAGCUCUAUGGCAUAUUCCCCAAUGUGGGGUUGUCAGAAGUCAAAAAUAUGGUAGGCGUAUUCCAACGAACAUACAACUUUUGGUUCCCUACAAUCAGCUUGGACGAUCUGAAGUCCUUGCAAUUGAGGAUAUGGCAAGAGAAUCUGGAGCCUAGUUGUCAAUCAUGUCUUGCAUUAUUGGUCAUGGCCUUGGGUUGCGUCGGGGCUUCCGUGACAGACGAAGAGGACAGUUCUGAAAACAAGUCUCAACAACUGAAGCUACAAGGAGCAUCAUGGUUCACUGCCGCAAUGAAGAUGCUUCACUUGGCCCACAUUGAGAUGAAUGUUGAGGCAUGCCAAUGCCUCUUGCUGACUGGCGCGGCAACUCGUUGUCGAUUCCUGCUCUCUUGCCCCUUCGACAAUCCUGAGCGUGAUGAUCGAGAACACAUUACCAGAAUAUUCUGGUCGUGCUUUGUACUAGAAAGCAACUAUAUCUCCGAGCUGCCAUCGCUUCCGCAAAACUCCAAUGCUGAAAUCGAAUCAAUAUUUUCUCUUCCGGGCAAAUUCCACUCACACGAAGCUGCCGAAGAGGAAGAAAAGUCGACCUUCUACUUCCUCGCAUCGAUAGCACUCCGUCGCCUCCUGAACCGAGCUCACUACAUGCUCUAUGACCGCGACAUUGGCCUUCAAAUUGACUCCAAUAAUUUUCCUUCGGUGAACCAAGAACUGGCUCGCCAACUGCAAGACUGGUAUCACACACUACCUUCAAGUCUGCAAUUUCCCGAAGACGGAAAACCUGCAGAUGAUCCGCAUAGCGAGUAUUUAAGGCAGUGGUAUCUCAGUUGUCGAAGUGUCAUCUAUCGACCUUACCUGGAAUGGGCUCUCGCUAAUCCCUUGUGGGAUCUCAACAACAACCUGCGGGUGCUUGAUGGAUGUCGGGUUGCUCUCGACACUUGCCUAUUCAAAUUAAGAUAUAUGAAGCAGGUGCCGUAUACUGUCAUGGUAGAUACAUGGCCAUGCUCGCUUUCACUCGAGACGGCGAUGUUGACUCUAAUGGGCGGUUUCUGUCAUCCACAGCUGACAAUGCAGCUUCGUCAUAUUGGCUUGCUAGAGCUAGGGCCUCACCUGCAGCAGCUUUUACAACGAUGGAUGACGAUCCAUGCAUCUUCCGUUUCUCCUGGUGUUGAGAAGGCAUUGAGAUUGAUCAUGAAAGCUCACGAAUUCUUCGAAAGCAAAAGUGCAGACUCUGCUCCUUGCCAAGAGGAAGAACAACAUCUCUCUCCUCGGUCCCUUCGAAUGUCUCUCGGAUAG